ACAGCGAGAACUACGUCAACAGACCAGGUGAGGAUAAUGUCAAGCUUCAUGGAGUGAGUGACAGAGAAGAUGAAAUGGAGCGACUUGCAAGAGAACUUGGAAGAAGUGAAGGACUACCCCCAGAGGAAGCAGCUAAUAUCCUGUCCCGACAUAUUGCCCAAGAAACCCCACACAGCAGAGGCUGGUACCGCAUGAAUGCAAUCAGGAGCUUAACAGGAGGCAAAAAAUUGAUACCACAGGUUACAGAUGCAUUCCAGAGUUUGUAUGGUGACGUACAAGCUACAGAAGGAGACGCGGGAGAGAAAAAGUCCAAAAAGCCAAGCUUUGACCACAGUGAUGGUGGCAAGAACGCUGUCGUCCAGUUCACUGCUGCCUCCGUUGCUGUCAUGGAAAAUGAAGGCAAAGUUCGGCUUGGCAUCAAGCGAACUGGAUUGAUGUCAAUACCAGUUUCUGUGAGGGUGGAAACCAUCAAUGGAUCAGCUGUUUCUGGUGAAGAUUACAAAGCUUUUGAUGGGCUUGUGGAGUUUAAGAAGAAUGAAGCUCUGAGAGAAGUUUUUAUUGAGAUUGUUGACGACAACGAGUGGGAACCGGAUGAGUUUUUCUUUGUGAAACUGAGACUCGAGCCCAACAGCAACUGUGUGCUGGGUGGAGUCAGCAUCUGUGAAGUUACGAUCAUUAAUGACGAUGAACCAGGAGUUCUUGCUUUUGCUAAACCAAGUUUUGUAAUCAAGGAGACAGGAUUGAAAGCUCUGAUACCAAUUGUAAGGCUAGGUGGAGCUGAUGGUCAUGUAUCUGUCAAAUGGCAGACUAAAGACAUCACAGCAGUGGAAGGGAAAGAUUACUCUGGUAGAGAGGGAGAGAUUGAAUUUGAAAAUCAAGAAUCAACAAAGAACCUCAUUAUCCCUCUGUUUGAAAGCAAUAAAGUGGAAAGAGAUGAAAGUUUUCAAAUUGAAUUGACUGAAACCACUGGUGGUGCUACACUAGGAAAAAUUAGCAAAACAGUUGUGACAAUAGUGAAUGAUGAAGAAUUUAAUGGACUUGUGAGCCGCAUCCUAAACAUGACUCGAGCCAAUUUAGAUGCUCUGGAGCUGCACAAGACCACAUACAUGCAGCAGUUUAUUGAGGCAAUGAAUGUCAACGGAGGAAAUGUUGCAACAGCCACAUUUGUAGAUUACAUCUUACAUUUCUGUUCAUUUUUCUGGAAGAUUUUGUUUGCUUUCAUCCCUCCAGCCCAGUACUUUGGUGGGUGGCCAGCAUUUUGCAUCUCACUUGCAGUUAUAGGUUUUCUAACUGCUAUUAUUGGGGAUCUUGCUAGUAUCUUUGGUUGCCUGAUAGGACUUGAAGACAGCAUUACUGCUAUAACUCUGGUUGCUAUGGGAACAAGUAUGCCUGACACAUUUGCCAGCAAAACAGCUGCCAUCAUGGAAAAGACGGCAGAUAACUCUGUUGGGAAUGUUAAUGGAAGUAAUUCUGUGAAUGUUUUCUUAGGUCUUGGGUUGCCAUGGUUAAUUGCAUCUAUCUAUCAUGGAGUUAGGGGUGACACAUUCUAUGUUCAAGCAGGAUCACUUGGAUUUAGUGUCAUCAUCUACUCUAUUACUGCUGUUAUUGCAAUGUUAGUUUUGGUUGGAAGACGCAUGAGCCCUUCUAUUGGAGCAGAACUUGGCGGGCCUAAAGGACCAAAAAUAAUUUGUAGCGUUGCUUUUGUAGGAUUAUGGGUAAUUUAUAUUGCUCUUUCUGUUUUGCAAACAAAGGACAUAAUUCACGUCAAGAUUGGGGCGUAAUGUAGCUUGUUAAGCUUAGUUUUUAUCAAAUUUUA